CAUUUGGUACCUACUCCUAAACCUGAGUAACACGGCUUUAGCUUGCCUUGCUCGUAAACUCAUUUUUCAGGGAUUUAAUCGAAGCUGAAGCAGUUCGGUAACUUCGGAGUCAAAUUACAUGUUACAACAUUUUGUGUUUCAUGACGCCAACAACAAUGACAGGAACAACUAUUUUGACAUUUAUCACGCGACCCAAGUAUGCAGAAAUUUAGUCAUUUAGUGGUUGGCUUUCAUACAGUCUUGAAAAAAUCGUUGUUUCCAGGUGACACUGGAAUCACCAUUCAUGAUACGUGAAAAUGAGAAGCUCUGGGACGAGAAUGUGUGGACAAAUAACGCUGCCCUGCUGUCCAUAUUUCCACGAAUUCUCUUCUUGAAAGCCCCCAACAAUUCAAGUUAAAGCAUAAUCAAGUAUGCCCCUAGGAGGUGAAGGUAGCUUUGAAUCAUUUCUUGAAGAAUUAUGGAAAGAGAGUGGACAGAGAGAGGCAGAACAUGCCUUGAAUUCGGAUGAGGCUGUAAAGCAGGAAGAAACUAAAGGAAGCUGCUGCAAGAAACUGUUUGACACCAUUGAAGAGGGCGACCCACAAGAGGUCUACGAACUUCUAAAGAGUGGAGAAUUUGAAAAUGUACCGCAUCUUAAGGACUUAAAUGAAGUUUCCAAAUCCAUUGCCGGCACGGAGGGAAAAAAAGAUUGCUUCUGUAAGUUUAUCUGCUCAGAAUUGAAGGACUUCUGCAAGAACCCCCGCAAGAACAACGGAAAGGAAGAUUUGCCAAGCGAAGAAGAUCGAUUAAACCUGGAAAUUCGAAGCAACCCACUGUUCUUAAGUCUAGAAUGGCUGUGGAGGAAUAAUCCAGAGUCUUCUCAGCGCGAGGAAAACGAGAAAGGCAAGGAGAGUAAGCUUAAAGACGUAAUUGAAGCAGCUCUUGAUGAUGCUUUUCUACUGGAGAAAAUGGCUUCGUACGAAAAUCCCUUCAGCCAUGAUAAAUACAUGGAUCAUGCAGAGGAACGUGAAAAAUUUGCCAUCGACAUCAUUGAGCAAGUAAACGGCAACAAAGAGUCGCUGCACAUAGUCAUGGAUAUCGACGGAGAAGGAGCUUUGGUGAAGAACAAGUCCGAUAAUUUUAUUUGUAGCUUGAGUCUGCUCAAGAUGGCUGCUAAUAAAGAACGCAAAAUGUUUGUGGCAAGCCCUAACUGUCAAUUUGUUCUUGACGAAGUCAUCUACCACGGAAAUCCUGGUUGGCGAAAUAGGGGAAUCGGGAUUAAAGCAGUCUGGUGCUUGUUUCAACUUUUACUCGUCAGCCUCUUGACUAUCCCCCUUUACAUCCCACUUAAGUUAACUCGCAAGAAUUUCCCGUGCUGUGUAUUUGAUUGCCACAAGCUGAUAAUGCUGUAUGAGCAUCCUUACUCGAAGUUCCUUAACCACACCAUGUCAUACAUGAUAUUUCUGGCUUUAAUCUUUGGUUCAUCGUUUGAGUACAAGUAUGGACCUGGUGGAGCAGGCCUUACGUGGAUUGAUUUGGCUAUAAUGCACUUCGUCCUCGGCCUACUCAUACAGGAAAUCGUGGAAGCCUGGAGGCAAGGUGCUUUCAUUUACUUCUCAAAGUGGUGGAAUGUUGUUGAUACAGUGAUUAUCCUCACAUUCAUAGGGGCCUACGGUCUAUGGUUAAUCGCGUGGGGCAUUUACGGAGAGUGGAAGCCUGAAAAAAAAGUUUUCAUCUAUGCAGAUGGCAUUUAUGCCAGUGCCUGCGUCGUGGCCUAUUUUCAUUUGGCACACUUUUUCCAGGUCAAUUCAACGCUGGGUCCCUUACAGCUGUCACUUUACAAAAUGCUGAGAGAUGUCCUUAAGUUUCUUGCCAUCUUUCUCCUUCUCUACUUUGCGUUUGCGACUGGGGUGGCCAAGAUUUACUCGUAUUAUGUUGCCUCUCAAAUAGAGCUCCAAAAGCGUGACACUAAAACCACUGACCACCAAGUUUUUCAUCCAUUUGCUUUACAUGCCAACACUUUCAUUGUCUUGUUUUGGUUGCUGUUUGGUGGUGGUGGACAGGAGGAGAGCAUUUCAGUGCAGGAUCAAGACUUCAUGCUCAUUACCAAGUUUGGUCGAGUAUUUAUGGGAGCCUACGUCAUAUGCACCAUCCUUGUUGCCCUCAACAUGCUGAUUGCUAUGAUGAACGACUCAUUCCAUAAAAUCAAGAAAAACGCUGUUCUAGAGUGGAAAUUCUCAAGAACUCAAAUGUGGCUGGAAUGGAUCGACAAAGGCAACUCUGUUCCGGUUCCAUUCAAUAUUCCAUAUGUCGUUCUGCACCUUUUCUUUUGGUUUUGCUGCGGCUGUCGUGAAUCACUGUGUUUCAAAUGCGAAGUGAAUGAAGAAAAAAACACAUGCUGCCGCGAGAGCGAAGUCUCAAGAGAAGGUAUUCCUGGAUGCAAUUUUGAACGAUGUGACGGCAGUAAGGACUCAGAAACUUUCGAUAAGAAGAAACGCCUUGAAGAAUUGAAAACUUUGGUCGUAAAAUAUCUGAUAAAGAACUACGAAGCCAAAUGGAAUGAAUGCAGGGCGGCAACUGCCUGA